AUGUCUACCACGGAACAACCGCAUCCCGAAAAGAGCUUCGAGGUCAAUGAGCGCCUACCCAGCUCUUCGUCGCCCUCAACGAGCGACCAUGUCGCGGCGCAAAAGCAGCUCCCCACGGCUGAUAAGACGGCCGCGGUGACGGUGCAGCACGGCGAUGUCGACGCCGCGUGGCUGUUCCUCGAUCAACACCGCGACGUGCCCGGCGUCGACACCGUCGAUUUGAAGAAGCUGCGCCGACGCAUUGACUUGCGCAUCGUGCCCAUCAUGUUUGGCUGCUACACGAUGCAAUUUCUCGACAAGGUCAUUUACAACUAUGCUGCCGUCAUGGGCAUCAAAAAGGACUUGGACCUCACCGGCAACCGCUUCUCCAACGUGGCCACGUUCCUGUUUGUUGGUCUUCUCUGCUUUGAAAUUCCCAACAUCUACCUGCUGCAAAGAGUCCCUGCCGCCAAGUGGCUCGGCCUCAAUGUCACCCUCUGGGGCGUCGCCACGGCCUGCGGCGCCGCCGCCCACAACUACCCCAGCAUCCUGGCCUCGCGCAUCUUCCUCGGCAUAUUCGAGGCCACCAUUGCGCCCUCGCUCGCCCUCAUCAGCAGCCAGUGGUACACCAAGUCGGAGCAGGCCCCGCGCUUCUCCUUCUGGUACCUCGGCCUCGGCGUCGGCCAGAUCGUCGGCGGCGUCCUCUCCUACGCCUUCCAGCACGUCUCGCCCACGGCGUCCCUCGCCGGCUGGCGCGUCAUGUUUGUCGUCCUCGGCUGCGUCACCGUCCUCAUCGGGCUGAGCGUCAUCGCCCUGAUCCCCGACACCCCGAUGCAGGCCCGCUGGAUGUCCGUCACCGAAAAGGUGGCGCUGCUCAAGCACGUCAGCGUCAACCAGACGGGUAUCCGCAACAGCCGCUUCCGCGCCGCCGAGCUCCUCGAGGGCCUGAUGGACCUGCAGAUCUGGCUGCAGAUCCUCAUCACCGUCCUCUUUUCCGUCUCCAGCGGCGUCAUCACCACCUACUCGGUCAUGCUCAUCGGCCAGAUCACGCACGACGCCAACAAGACGCCCGCGCAAAACUCGCAGCACGCCGCGCUCAUGAACACGCCGUCCGGCGCCGUCUCCAUCUUCUUCAUCCUCAUGAUCGGAUACGGCGUGCGUCGCAACGCGCACCGCUGGAUGUGGAUUCUCGCCUGCAUCAUCCCCGCCAUCGUCGGCGGCGCGCUCAUGUCGUUCCUGCCCAAGACCAACCACGCGGGCCUGCUGGCCGGCGUCUACCUCGUCAACGCCGUCGUCGCGCCCAUGCCGAUGCAGUACAACUGGCUCUUGGCCAACGUCGCCGGCGCCACGAAGCGCGCCUACUCGGUCGCCAUGAUCAGCGCCGCGUUUUCCAUUGGCAACAUCAUCGGCCCCCAGACGUUUCAGGCCAGGGACGCGCCCGACUACCGGCCGGCCAAGCUUGCGCUCGUCUUUACGCAGGCCGGCAGCGCGCUCGUCACCAUUACGCUGUUUGGCUACUACGUCUGGGCGAACAAGCGCCGCGCCGUCCGUGCCCGACAGACAGAGGACCAGUUCAUGGACAAGGAGGUGUGGACGAGGAUGACGGACAAGGAGAACCCGACGUUCCGUUAUGAGUACUAG